AUGAAGGCCGGCGGCAGCAGCGGUGCAGGCGGCGAGCCGCAGCCCGACGAACGAUAUUGGCGCAGCAGCAAGCUUGGCUCCCUGGACUUCUCCUUGCACGAUCGGACGGGAGCCGAUGAUGUCGUCGACGGAAUCGCUGGCCGCCUUUCCCACGGCACUCCCGUCGUCUAUCGCACCUACAAGAGGCGCUGGUUCGGCCUCGUUCAGCUGGCCCUCAUGAACAUUGUCGUCUCUUGGGAUUGGUUGACCUUUGCCCCCGUCGCCGAUAAAUCGGCCGUCUACUACGGCGUCACCAAGUCCACCAUCAACUGGAUCAGCACCGCCUUCUUCCUCGCCUUCGUCGCCAUGUUCCCCGUCACCAUCGCCGUUCUCCACCGCGGCCCCAAGCUUUCCUUCAUGGUCGCUGCCGUCCUGCUCCUCAUUGGAAAUUGGGUUCGCUACGCCGGUUCCUCGAGCGCCGCCGGCGGCCACAUUGCCCCCGUCAUGGUGGGCGAGAUCCUCAUCGGCUUCGCCCAACCCUUCGUCCUCGCCGCCCCCACGCGCUACUCGGACCUUUGGUUCACCAACCGAGGACGAGUCGCCGCCACGGCCGUGGCCAGUCUCGCGAACCCCCUCGGCGGUGCUCUAGGCCAGCUCAUCAACCCGCUCUGGGUGCAGAAUCCGGCCGACAUCUCCAGGAUGGUGCUCUACGUUUCCAUCAUCUCGACCGUUUGCAGUCUACCCGCUUUCCUCAUCCCCGCCGCGCCGCCCACGCCCGUCGGCCCGUCCUCGGUGACGCCCAAGCUCAGCCUUCACGAAUCCGUCGGCGCCGUCAUCCGCUCUCUCGAGCUGUGGCUCAUCCUCAUCCCUUUCUUCGUCUUCGUCGGCUUCUUCAACACCAUCUCCUCCCUCCUGAGCCAGAUGAUGACCCCCUACGGCUUCACCGACGACGAGGCCGGCAUCGGCGGCGGCAUUCUUAUUCUUGUCGGCCUCAUCGCCGCCGCCAUCACCUCCCCCAUUCUCGACCGGACCAAACAGUUCAUCCUCGCCAUCAAGGUUCUCAUCCCCAUCAUCGGCUUCUGCUACCUCGCCUUCAUAUGGAUGCCCGAGACACGCGCCGUCGUGGGUCCCUAUGUCGUUCUCGGCAUCCUCGGCGCAGCCUCCUUUUCCGUCGUCCCCGUCGCCCUCGAGCUUCUCAUCGAGAUGAGCCACCCGCUCAGCCCCGAAGUCACGUCCACCAUUGCCUGGGCCGGUGGGCAGCUUUUUGGUGCCAUAUUCGUCAUCAUCUGCGACGCUCUCGCCGACGAUGAGGACGGCGACCCGCCCAACAACAUGAAGCGCGCCCUCGUCUUCCAAGCCGUCAUCGCCAUGGUCGUCUGCUGGGUGCCCUUGUUCCUCGGCAUGUUUGGCCGCAAGGAUAGACUCGUCUUGCGCCGUGUCAGGUCGGAUGAGCAGAAUAGGUAG